AUGGCUAUGUGGGAGACGGACGACGAGUCGACUGGGCCGGUCGGGUCGUUGCCAACGCCUGCCGCCACGCCGUACCGCACCCCGUCACGAAAUGCCUCGAGAAGCUCGCGCAAGUCCAGACGAUCUCUUACGCCUCCUGGGAAACCCGGCAAAAGCUCAUCCCCACCGCCGCUCCCUGGAGACAAAAGCGAGAGAGCGUCUAAGAGAUCCUCUAGAGACGUCAGUAACGAUGACACAAUCAGCAUCCUCGACCCACGCCGCUUCACGCCGACGCUUCAUGCGAGCCUGGUAUCCGAGAUUCUUUCACUGAGACGUGAUCAGGAGGACAAGCUCAAGAUCAUCGAGGGCCUUGAAACCUCCUUGCACGCCACCAGGGAAGAAAGCGAAUCACUGCAGGCUUCGAUAUUGUCUACGGGAAAGGAAAGCCGGUCACUGAAACGCCAACUGGCGUUGUUGGAAGGCGGGACAUCUUCUGCUCUUGGCGAGUUGGCACGAGAGCGUGACGAGGCGGUUGACACUGCGGCGGAGACAAGAAAGAGACUUGACGCGACUCAAAAGAAGCUGCGGACCCAAGAAGAGGAUUCAGAGCGGGUCCACAAGCAAUGGGCCAAGGACAAAGAUGACUGGGAAGAAGAGAGGCGUAAGCUCGAGCGUCGGGUCCACGUGGCCGAGACUCGUAUGAAGGCAGUUCUGGAUGAAGUUGCCGCUGCCCAAGCUGCCCAGGUGAACGGAAAUCACGAUGCUGUUGAAAGUGAGCUCGAAGAGAGCGCCAAGGAGAACGAUGCAGCAAGUGUUCGGACAAUGAGCAUGACAAACAGCAUUCGAUUUUCGGUCGUGAACGGUCCUUCGAAGCCGAUUGGCAACUCUCUCGCAGACGAACUAAACUUUGACGGAGGCUACGAUGACGAGAGCGACUAUGGCGGCCGGGAAAGCGCCCUGUCAAACGGCGGGCACAUGCGGAACAUGAGCCGCGACAGCGUUCUAUCUAGAACGCAUCGACGGCGUCCGAGCAACGACAGCGUGAUGAGAUCUGGAAGUGUGGCUCGCGGAAGGCUGGCAAUGAACCAUGCCACGCUCGAGAGGCUUGAAGAUCGCGUCAUCAACGAGGACGACGAGACGCCUUCACCAAGAGCCAACUAUGUCGACUCUGGGGUUCAGUUCUCGCCACCGCCAUCGCCAAAAAUUGCUCCAGCGAAGCCAACAACUCCGGAGCCAGCCUUGUUUGCCCUCAAGCACGACAGGCUUUACGAUAUCGAGAGUCCGCCCCGCGUGGACCUCGAAAUCGAGGCAAACCAGAGGAGAAAGCGGGUUCACAUUGGUCAACCAUUGACAAUAAAGCCCCCGAACGUGAACAACUUGAUGGUUCAUGGCUCGUCCCAGACUGCUGAAGAGCCUCUGAGCCCUCCAAAGACUCCCAAGUCGCCUUUCCAGGAGCUGCCGCCUACGCCUAAACCCGAACUGGAGUUAGUGAUGGUUUCUACAUCGACACAAACUGAUCUUCCGCCUCCUCUUCAGCCCUCGUUCCUCGCCCUUCCACCUAUGCCCAUGUCCAUUCCCAGCAUCAGUAUCAUCCCCCCUACAAGCCGUCCUACAACACCCCGUGAACCACGCCUGCCACAGCUAUGCAAAGACUUUGGUUGCCAAGUCUCGCUUCCCGCCAUCGUAUCGUCCAAAUCGAUUGCCGUUCAGACGGAGGAGAUACGGGUCGAUAAGAGAUUAGACAGACUCCCGGUCCAUUUGCAUCCUUCUACUAUCACCUCUAGGCCUUCUUCCCCCGCAAUCACUGCCGCAGAGCCCGAGGUGGAGGAAGUGCGGCAGUUUAGUCCCGUUCCUGGAAACGUACCUCCCCGGAACCCUCGACGCCUUGCUACGAAGCGGAGCUUGACGGAGAUGCCUUCGUCUCCACCAAUGAUUUCCGCCUCGAUCCAAGAGGAAGAGACAGAGACCCAUGACGCGUAUCCAGGGAACAAUGACGACGGACCUCUCUCGAACCAAAAGGCCCCGAUGCGAAGACCGCAUCGUAUUAGCAGUCUCUUCGCUGGCUUCGAGGGGGGAAGUUCAGACGACGGUGACGAGUUCCACCACGAGUCUGACCAGAGCGACUCUGAGUACCGCACUGCACUCUCGGCCCCGAAGCCCAAGGCCGGCACAAGCCGUGGAGGAAAACGAAGCUCGGGCGGAGCUGCAGCAUCUUCGGAGAUGCUAUUCUCUCAGAGAAUGAGCGGUAGCCGCUACACACCCCGGGGGCUUGACGAGCCCGAAGGGUUUGGAAUCGCCAAUAUUUACCAGCAGCAGCGCGAGAACCGGGAGUCGGGCUUGAACAGAACGACUUCGAAGCGUGGAUCACGCUCCUCUAUGCUGGGCUCCAAGUCGAACGUGAUGCGUAAAGCGGCUAUGAUUCAAAGCGGUAUCGCCUCACACCAGCGGGCUAGGAGCCCGAGCUUGACUGACAUUAAAGAACCACCGUUCCCCAUUCCCACGCGUGCUAGCUCCCGGAAGCCAGGCAUCAGUGCCAGUGCGCCGAGCGACGGCCGUAACAGUCCGACAAAGGGCUCGGACACUUGGCACAGAAGGGGUAGCAGCCGAAGCCACUAUCGCUCAAACAGCAUCCGGAGAGUACGUUCUGCCACAGCGCUACCGCGAAAUCAGAAAAACCGCCGACUGUCCAGCCGCUCUCCUCCGCCUCACCCGGCCUCUGUCGAGGCACCCGAAAGUCCCGGCCUCCCCCCUAUGCCGAGUAACGACAUCACAACACCCCGGAAUCGAGACCCUUCCACAUAUUCGAAAUACAAGACGCACCAGCCACAACUUUCCACGAACACAGCGAACACAGGCGAAACCGGCGUAGGAUCUGUUGCAAGCUCAAACCCGGCCACCAGCGUCGUGGAUUCCAUUGCGCAGACCAUGGUGGGCGAGUGGAUGUUCAAGUACGUGCGACGACGCAAGUCGUUCGGUGUGGCGGAUGGCAAGGGAGGCGAUGACACCAGCAACGAUCGCCAUAAGAGAUGGGUCUGGCUCGCCCCUUACGAGCGUGCCAUUCUCUGGAGCAGCAAGCAGCCAGCUUCUGGGAGCGCCCUGAUGGGCAAGACUGGCCGCAAGUUGACAAUCCAAUCGGUAUUGGAUGUAAAGGAUGACAAUCCGCCUCCCAAAGGGUCUGGACCGCUUUUCAACAGGUCCAUUCUGAUCUUGACGCCGCAACGAGCACUGAAGUUUACUGCGACAAGCCCCGAUCGCCACUAUGUCUGGUUGACGUCGCUGUCGUUCUUGGCGCACUCGCAACAAGCCAUUCCGGAGAAUCUGACUUCGCCGCCGCUAAAGCCAGUGCCGGAGCAGUAUGAUUUGCCGAAAGCCAAGCUCCGGAGGCCGGGUAUUCGCGACUCGAUCCGACUCACGAAGUCCAAGGCGGGAGCCAUUAGAUCGGGGCCGGUGAGCGUGGCGUCGUCGCAUACAGACAGUGCGCCUCCGAGCAUCCCCAGCUACAGACCGCCGAUGCCCGAGCCGUUCAACCUUCCCGCCCACACGCGGGAGAUUUCACGCGAUGCUGCCGAGCCACCUAUGAUCCCGCGGUUCCAUGACCGCGCAAGCCAAGCGCUGGUCCACGGGCGCAAGCGAAGCAAUACUGGCGGGCAUGUACCGCCUCCGCUUUCGUUCCGCGGCUUCUCUGGGCCGGCCAGCGGCGCUAACCACGCGGCGACAAACAGCACGGCGGGCAACAGUAUCGGGACUGCCGGGUCGUCUGACAUUUACAGCAACGGCGGAGCGUCGAGCGUGUUAGGGUCGAGUGCCAUUACGUGGGCGACGGGGUCUGUCCGGACGUCAGAAGCGUCGAGUCGGCCCAGCGGUGCGCCCAUGAACAACUUUUUUGACGCCAUUGGCACGAUGCGCAUGGAGGCGUUCAUCAGCCCACUUGCGUUUGAGCGGUUCGAAGAGACGCCGUACGAGCAGGAGGACGUGCGGCGCGUGGCACGCAGAGCCAGCAAAGAGCUCAGGAGGAGGACGAGCCGCAGUCGCCAGCGGGACAGCUACCAAAGCAAAGGCACCAAGGGUACCGAAGAUUUUGAGGACUGGUACCUGAAGGAAGAUCCCUUCAAGGGCUUCUAG